AUCAAAGUGAGAGGUCAUCUUAGUAAUUCAGAGUUUCAUACUCCUAGAAUUUUUUUUUUCCACCUCGAAGUUCAAUUUCAAAACUUUUCGUUAAAAUACAAUGUGCUGCCUCUGAUUCCAUCUGUACAAUCUGAGGAAGGAACUUCGUUUUUACAGAAGAAACGAUUGCUUGAAGCCGGAUCUGGUUCUUUUAAUGGAGGAAUCUGGAAAUUGCGAAAACAAAUCAUAGAAAAUUUGAGCGAUUAUUGACUUUAUCUCUUUCUGGUAGCAAGUUCACGUAUUUGCUGUCUAGGCAAUGGCUGCACCGUUUUUCUCGACGCCUUUUCAGCCUUACGUUUAUCAGAGCCCGCAAGAUUCAGUUAUACCUUUUCAGAUUUUAGGGGGGGAAGCUCAAGUAGUUCAGAUAAUGUUGAAGCCACACGAAAAAGUUGUUGCAAAGCCUGGUUCCAUGUGCUUUAUGUCUGGAUCCAUUGAAAUGGAAAAUGUCUACAUUCCAGAAAAUGAAGUAGGCAUGUGGCAGUGGUUAUUUGGCAAGACCAUAACUAGUAUUAUUCUUCGGAAUUCUGGACCUAGUGAUGGAUUUGUUGGAAUUGCUGCUCCUUCUCUUGCCAGAAUUCUCCCAAUUGAUUUGGCAAUGUUUAAUGGGGAGAUUUUAUGCCAGCCAGAUGCAUUUCUUUGCUCUGUGAAUGACGUAAAGGUCAGCAAUACAGUUGAUCAGAGGGGACGUAAUGUAGUUGCUGGUGCUGAGGGAUUUCUCAGGCAGAAGCUAUCAGGCCAAGGGCUUGCAUUCAUAGUAGCGGGUGGAUCAGUUGUACAGAAAAAUCUUGAGGUUGGUGAAAUGCUGUCCGUGGAUGUUUCUUGCAUUGCUGCUGUCACGACGACUGUUAAUAUCCAAACAAAAUACAAUGCUCCAGCAAGAAAGGUGAUGUUUGGGGGUGACAAUGCGGUCACAGCUCUUCUGACUGGACCUGGCAUUGUCUUCAUACAGAGCUUGCCAUUUCAUAGACUCUCUCAGAGAAUUGCUAGGGCAGUGACAUCCCCAAACAUGAGGGAAAAUCCCAAGUUCUUCAUUCAGAUUGCCAUGUUCUUUUUUCUGGCUUACGUGGUCAUUGUAUCUUCGUUAAUAUUAACCGAUGUAUGAAAUUUAGUUUUUUGUUUUUGGGGUCAAAUAAUUAUUUCACCAAUUUGCCCAUAGUAACAGUAGAGCUCUAUAGGUUAACAGAUAGGUACAGAGUAUUUCAGAUUUUGUGAUCCAUUGUGAAAUUUCAUAUCCGACUCAAAGCAGGCCAUUGCCCCCUUCACUUCCCCGAUGCCUAUGGGAUUGAUUAUAAGAAUUUUUCAUCACUUGUUUGGAAGAGAUAUAGUGGAAUCCCUUUUAGAGUUUCA